CAUUUCACGCUGACACCGAGCGAGCAAAGGGCUCAUACAUACACAGACACACACACAGACACACAAUACUACCGACAGAUCCGCGUCAGGAGCACCGCCGUGGAGAGCACAUUGGGGCGCACAAAAGCUUCUUCUGUGAGAGGAAACGAGAGGAAAACGCAGGAAAAAAAGAAACAGAGGAAAUCCCCCGAAAGGAAAUGCCAAUCGCAGCCGCUGGACAGCCGACGACCCAGGAGCCUAGAGUUUGCCCCCGGCUGCCCUCCACCCCGGAGCCUGUCCCUAAAGGGGCUGAUUUAUUCGACGAGGCGGGGGCGGCGGAGUCGGCGGAGCGGACAGAGUACGGGGGCUCGGAGGGGGGCAGAGGACUCGGGGGCUAUAGUUACACCCAGAGCGGCGCUAGGGGCUUUGCACAGCCAGGAUUCAUCAGCUCUCCGCCGCAGUCCCCAGCCGCGUCCUCAUCCUUUCUCCUCCACCCGCACCAAAUGGCAAUGGAACCCCCAAGGACUCGAUCGCGUUCUCGGUCUGGAUAUUACCAGCAGUACGGUGGUGGUGGGAAUGGCACUGGAUUUACCGGCAGUGGAGUCAUGGGAUCUAACCAUCACCAACACCACCAUCAGCAGCAGCAGCAGCAGCAACUACAUCCACAGCAGCAGCAGCACGGUGCCGGUUGCGCACCACUUGGAGCUCACAGCAACCACUCGGAGAACCAGCAGCGAUCCCCAGGAAGUAACACCUCUCCCGGCAUUCAGAGGCUUUCUUCCGUUCCCGGAGCGCACCGCAUCCCGGCGGCAGGGGCCUCUGGUGGAUCCUACCACUGCUACCCAGACCAUGCAUAUGGAGAGGAGAGUGAUAAGAGUGAGGAAAGCCCCAGUCCAAAGCGCCAGAGGCUGUCCAGUCAGUCCGUUUUGGAACAACUAACCUCAUCCGCUCCCCCACCUUCUACGCCGUCUCCCCCCAUCCGCCCCUGGGAGUCAGGGCCCCCGAGUCGGAGACAACCUCACCCCCACACCCACUACCACCAGGAGCGAUGCCUCACUCCUGCUCGGCACAGACGCAGCCCACCGGCAAGGCGUCAGCGCGGCCGUCUAUCCAGACCCACGCGUCAUUUGCCUCCCCAUCUGCACCCGUCCACCCAAGGCCCUGCACCUCGCCUGUCGCCAUCCGGGCUCCAAGAUGAAAAUUACCACCACAACCCCCAUCCCUCCACACACCAGACAUACCCGACACACACACCCAGCACCUAUGGUCAGCCCCUGACAGCUGGUGGUGGCGGGGCAGGGUCGGACGAGCCCCGAGCUUUCCACCCCCCUACCCUGUCGCCACGUCUUCUGCAUCCAGCUGCUCACCACCACCACCACCACCUCCAUCAUCAGCAUCAGCACCAUGCAGCACAACAACAGCAAGGAGCCAUGGUCAUGGACCUGCAUGAACAGCUGCAGCAGGCCAGUGUACCAGUGUCCUACACGGUGACCCCAGUCCCUCCUCACGGUCUCGCAGCACCUUUGUGUAGCAGUCAGCAUCUUCCCCCUUCCUGUUCUUCACAACAGCAAGUCCCCGCUUGCAGCGUGGUCUUCAGCACUGGACAACACUACCACCCGAUGCUACAGGCAUGUUCAAUGCAACAUUUGCCAGUGCCCUAUGCCUUUCCGUCACUGCUGACCGGUGACCCUCAGUUCCUGCUUCCUCCUCCACCUCACCUCUCUCACCACGCGCCUCACCUCCCCACACCCGGACAGUUCCUGCCUUUCCAGACACAACAGCCUCGAUCGCCGUUACAGACGAUUCAAAAUGAGGUCGAGCUUCUGGGAGAGCAGCUUUCAGUGGGUGGAGGAUUCAGCUACGCCCACCACCACCACCAUCACCACCAGCCUCCCUCCACCUUGCCGCCCUCCACCCCACUCCAGUUUCUCUCACACCAAGACCCCCUGUCUCAGGAGCUUUUCACAGUGCCCUAUCCUCACUUCAUGCCUCGCCGAUUCACAAGCCGGCGCUACCGCUCUCAGCAGGCAGUUCCCCCUUCGCCCUACCACCCCAGCUUCCUGCCUUACUUCCUGUCCAUGCUUCCUGUGCCCCCAAAUGUGGCCCCCACUAUCAGUCUAGAGCUGGAUGUGGACGACGGAGAGGUGGAGAACUAUGAGGCCCUGUUGAACCUCGCCGAGCGUCUCGGAGAGGCCAAGCCCCGUGGUCUAACUAAAGCCGAUAUAGAACAGCUUCCAUCAUACAGGUUCAACCCCAACAAUCAUCAGUCUGAGCAAACACUGUGUGUGGUGUGUAUGUGUGACUUCGAGACUCGCCAGCUCCUCAGGGUUCUGCCCUGUAAUCACGAGUUCCACGCCAAAUGUGUAGACAAGUGGCUAAAGGCCAACCGGACCUGCCCUAUCUGUCGAGCCGAUGCUUCAGAGGUCCAGCGGGACUCUGAGUGACCUCAGACCUCUGAGUCUGCACCAACACAUUCAGUCUCUUGCUCCCUUCGAUUCCCAUUUGGAUUCACCAACCAAUCAGUGAACGUCUCUCCUUUAAUAAUACAGUAUAAAACGCACACACUCUGCCACAGAACUGGGACCAGUGCUCUUUAAUGCUUCACUCUUUGUCCUCCAGGACACCAAACUGUCAUUCUCACAUGGGAUCAGCAUUUAUGGGUGUGGAAACUUUAUACUGACUCAUGCUAACUUGAUUGCUGGACUUCCUAUAGGCCUUCUCUUCUGGACUACUACUCUGCCUUCUGCUCACAGUUCCUCCUUUCUAUGAAUGGCCUUUACAACACACAAUGACAUGUGCAGGUGGACAUAUAAAUGUGUAUUUUUUAAACCAUUCCUCUACGGAGAGGGACAGACAAAAAGACUGCUUUUAAAAAUGUCUGUAUAGUUCUACUAACAAACCCUGAGGGAGAAUUGGCAGCCCAAAGAUUAUUUUUAAUUUCAUUGUUAUUAUUGUGGUUAUAAUUAAGCAUUCACAUCUUGCUUUGCAGAGUCAUUUUUACAACACCUUAUUUUCAUUUGCAUGUAUCCAUGCAUUCCUUUUGUUGUGAGAGCUGUGUGUGUGAGGUAGAACAAAGAUACUGUACACUGUGUCAAAGAGUCAGCUUCUUUGUGGCAGUAAAACUAUACUUUUUCUCCAGGUGUGUGUGUGGUGGGUGCGGUGGGUGUGGUUCUUCCUCCUGUGGUAUUUAUACAGUUUGUGUGGGUACAGUCCAUGGGCUGCAUCCUAAAUCCAUUUUUUUCUCCACUCUACUUCAGAUUAAUUUAACUUCAGACCUUUAAGUUGAGGUUUUGCUCAAAUGUCAUUAAGUUUAGGAGCAGGAGUUUCUCCAGUCGACAGUGCUGUGUCAUGAUACUAGAUGUUUUUAUGUCACACGUUGUUGACACACUGUAGCACCACGGCUCCAUCGCUUCACACCUGCCCAUCUACACUGCUUUUCUGAUGCAGUAUUUCCUCAACACAAUGAAACAAAUCAGGACUAUUCACCUGCCUCCACAUAUCCCCUAAGCUCUCCUCCGAGUGAAUAGUUAGAUAUUACAGAGCUGAUUAGGUGGAUUCAUUCAUGGAAGCGGGCAGUUGAACAUAGAGCGUCUGUACCCAACCAGCAUUCUGUGUGUGUGUUGGCCACUAGAGAUGAAGUGUUUUCUCCAUCACUUACAGUUUUAAAGAGACUUAUGAGGUUACAGUUAAAUCUAUUAUGUUUCACCGGACGGCAAAUCUGACACUUCAGCACUUUAAUACGUAGAUUUAAGACCAACACGCUCAUUCUUUUCAUUCUCAGCAAACCACUUUUCACAGUUUGUGUGUAUGUGUGCAAAAACGUUCGAUGCAUUAAAACAUACAUCUCCACUUCAGCUUCUACAGUACGUUAAUCCUUCUGUGUUCUCACUCCACAUUUGUACAUGUCCAGAAGUUCUCUUAAACUAAAAUCUGUGUAAGGCCUAUGUCAGCAUGUCAUAAUUAACUCCAGGAUGUUCACCUCGUGCACAGAGCAGACUCUUAUGUAAUUUAUCACUAUUUAUCACAAGUGGUAUUUUGUGUCAUGAUGACAAGCUAACAUGGGCCUUUUCAGAGAUUGUGUUGACAAAAGGGUGUUUUGGAAAGUUAAACCUGGCACCAACAGUCUUACAUCUGAGAUGCCUUUUUUAUAAAACUUAAUUCUCCAGGUACAAGUGGAAUAUAUCCAGUGUCACCACAUCAGACCAAUACACGUAGAAACCAGUUUUAAAUUUAAAGAGUAUCCGUGAGAACUUUCAACUUCUACAACUCCUCUUCAGUGUUGUCAGUGUAUAAAGUCAUGUAAUAUCCAUGGGAAUGGAGGGAAACUAUAUUUUCUGUCAUUGUUCUGUUUUCCUUUGGGGUCAAAGGUCAUAUUUGUGACCAUAUACAUCCAUUUUGUGUCUUAGGGUUGUUUUUGUGUUGGACAGUUUUCUGUUGCUUGGUACACUAGCAAUUACCUCAGUCCCACUAUUUAUGUAUUUGCAGAAAAUGGUGCAACCAGUAUGAUUAGUGCUUAUCAAUUCAUUUUGCUAAUGUUUUCCAUGCAAGUUGUUGGGUUGUUUGAACAUUUUGUUUUUCCUUUUAAACUCUAUGAAACUAUCAUUAAAAUGGUGUCAUAGUAGUUUCAUCAUGUAUUAUAUCUGUAACCAAAAUCAUUUGAAGGCUUGUUAUGAUGAUGAAAUUUUUAACAAACAUUUGUACAUUUUGUAUGAGAGUUAUUACUAGUAAUACUUUAUUAAGUAGUGCAAUGAUUUUUUUAAUCCCUUACCCCAUCUUUUGGAUUUCAAAAGUUGGAUCAAUAAUAAAUGUAUAACAUCCU